CUUGCAUUGAUUUCACUUCAUUCUUACCCGACCCAGACACAUAUCUCGACAUCAUGUUGCAUCUGCUCGGAGUCAACUUGCCUGACCAGAAGUUAGUUCAAUAUGCCCUUCCUCUCUUCUAUGGCAUUGGACAAAAGACUUCAGUCAAGAUCCUCGCUGCUCUAUCGAUCCACAAGACAUGCAAAAUUUCAGACCUAUCAGAGCCUCAGAUCAAUCAGCUUUCCGCUCUUCUCUCGGAUAUGAAGAUUGAGUCCGAUCUUCGCAAGCAGAUUCGCGCCAAUAUUAUGCACCAUCGCACGAUUGGAUCAUAUGUGGGUCGUCGUCAUGCCAUGGGGCUGCCUGUUCGCGGACAAAACACUAGGAGCAAUGCAAUGACUGCUCGUAAAUUGAAUGGAAGAUGGCUCAAGGCCGAGAAGAGAGAGUACUCUUCCUCAGUGAGCUCUAUCUUGCCAUCCUCCAAUUCACCAUUUGCUAAUUUCUUCAAUCGUAAAUGGUUUUAAACGGAAUCGAGACUUCAUACUUAAACUCGUUUUAAUUUACCUCGUCAUCUCAUCCGUCAUCGACUACACCAUAUUCAAGUGCAUGCCACCCUUGAUUUGUCAUUCUUCUACUGUUCUUUUUACCACCACUCAUCCUUUGUAUACUUAUGUUUCUAGAGAAAUAAAAAAUAUUGCAUAAAACACAG